GACAAAUCAAGGUGACAGACUGGCUGACGCUGACAGGCAGAACAGAAACAUGGUGGCAGUUCAGUGAAGAAGGUGUUAUUUCGGCUAGUCAUUAAAUUUUUCGAAGCUUAUUUUGUUUGAGUGUUUGAUACAAAUUGUAAACACCAUUUUAAUAAGCUUCAUCCGAUUGGAAGAUGACGUCUGAAGAAACACAAAUAUCUGAAGAGCUGAAAGGGUGUUAUGAAAAUCUUAUUGUAAUCGACGUGGGCGCUAACCUGACAAAUAAGAAAUACGGCCGUGAUCUCGAUUCUGUGAUACAAAGGGCAAAAGAUGCAGGUGUCCAAAAGAUAAUGGUCACGGGCACAUCAGUGAGGAACAGUAAAGAAGCCCUAAGACUGACUCGCCUAUAUCCCGGCACUAUAUAUUGUACUGCUGGCGUCCACCCGCACGAUGCAAAAUCGAUGGUUGAAGAAGACAUGUGGACGGAACUGAGGCAGAGUGCGAGCGCCCCAGAGUGUGUGGCGGUCGGCGAGUGCGGGCUCAAUUACAGCAAGGACUUCUCGGAGCCACAUGUGCAAAGGGAGAUAUUCAAACGACAGGUGGAAAUGGCAUGCGACCUCCACAAACCUCUAUUCGUUCACGAGAAAGAAGCUCAAGAAGACUUAUUAAAAAUUCUAGAAGAAUUCGCCAACCGUCUUCCGCCCGUUGUGAUACAUUCGUUCACAGGAUCAGUAGAACAGGGCUUGAAAUAUAUAGAAAAAGGAUUUUAUAUAGGGAUUACAGGGUACGUUUGCAAGGAUAAGUCCGAUGGAGGGAUCAGACGGUUGUUAUCUGAGAGUAUACUGCCGUUGGACAAGUUGCUGGUGGAAACCGAUUCGCCGUUUAUGUACCCGAAUAUGAGGGCUUCGAAAUUGCCAUUGCAUGUUAAGGACUCGUUGACUGAGAGGUCAAUGAACUUCGUGAACCGGUACUGCACGUUCCAACGCAACGAGCCUUGCGCCCUGCCGGCCAUCGUCGAGCUGAUCGCUGGGUUCAUGGGCCGGAGUCCCGAGGACGUAGCCCUCGCCACCGCCUUCAACGCUCUGAAGUUGUUCGGGCUUAGCCAGUGAGAUGUAGAGAAUUUGAUUAAAAAAGUCAUAUCCAAUUAUCAUUUAUUGUUAUGUCUACUGCUGGUGAAAUAUGUGGUGUCCUUUGUCAGUCAUCGUCGCAGGGUUCAUGGGCCGGAGUCCCGAGGACGUAGCGCUCGCCACCGCCUUCAACGCUCUGAAGUUGUUCGGGCUUAGCCAGUGAGAUGUAGAGAAUUGGAUAAAAAAGAUAUCAUAGUACCCAAUUAUUGUUAUGUCUACUGCUGGUGAAUUAGGUGGUGUUCUUUGUCAGUCAUCGUCAGGGUUCAUGGGUUGGAGUCAUGUGGAUGGAGCACUGGCCAUCGCUAUAAAUGCUUUGAAGGUUAGUAAAGUUUUUGAAAAAUCUACAUUUAUUGCCUUCAAAGAUUCUAUGAAUAAUAUCGUAUUAUUGAACCGAAAAAUGGCCUAUUGUUAAUUGUUAUGUCCACUGCUAGCUUUGAUGCAUACAUGAUAUGGGAUUUUGAAGUUGUUCGGUUUUAGUAAGCUAAAAUUAUUAUUAAAAUUGAGCUGUUAAAUGUCGUAAAGAUGUCUUAGUUAGAAGCCCUAACGAUUCUACAUGAGAGCACAAUUCAAUAUGAUUGAAAAUAUAUAUCUGAUAUUGUAGCUAAGAUGGCGACUUCUUAAUUUAAAAUGAAUCGAAAUUAAGCCUUUCAUGAUUGUGCCUUACAUUUGGGAUUACAAUAAGAUUUUAUUACAUGUUAUAUAGAUUUGUACGAUUAAGAAGAAUAGAAUAAUAACAGUGUUUCUUCAGACGUCGUCGUAAACGAAACAUUUCGAAAUAAUACUCAAUUAACAUUUUUGAACUGCCUAAUCAUAUGACAGUGUUAUCCUUAACACAAAUAAGGCGCGGAGCAUACUGUGGGUAAAAUUUCGUCGAGACAUAGAACGUUGUGUUUAGUGUAGAAUACCAAAGGUAAGGUAACCUUACUUCAACAAAACCCACAAAGAGCAUAGUAUGCGUUGCGCCUAAGAAUCUCCUAAAGGGAGAAAUGCAGUUAUUUCGCAUUUAUGUGCAAUAUUUUGUGUUUGUAUCGGGUAACACUGAAUGAGGCUAUGAAAAGAUAUCAAGUCUUGCCAACGAAUAAUAUAGAUACAUAAUAAAACUAACAAGCCUCUGUGAACUAACGUAGUAUUACAACAAAAGACUUGCGAACGAAUGUAUCUUGCCUCCAAGAUGAUGUUACAAUUAUGAUGUUGUCAAAUCAAUAUUUUUAGCGAUGUCCAUGAAUAAUAAUAAUUAAGGAGCCUGUUACACUAUGCCAGUAUUUUAUUUUCGCUGGGAUUUAUUCGAGAAUUGACAAGUGUAAAAGGCUCUUUGAUUUUAGCGUACUUUACACGCUUUAAAAGUGAAUUAUUUAUAGCCACUAUAGUCAUUUAAAAAUCACUCAGAUGCAUAAUAUUUUUGUGUAUAAUAACUAUAUUUUCUUGACGUUAUGCGUUGCUUUUUGUGGUUUGCACGCAGGCAACAGUGGCAAUGGCGACCUGAUCUCAUGUAGAAUGACUGAAAAUAUAAGCAUUCGGCUUGUGUUUAACAAAACAGUAAUUCUUUUAAUUUUUUUAAUGUAUAAUAACUGGGAAUGCAGGCAAGAGCAAAAAAAAAAAAACAUUUUUUUUUUAUUAUGGAGUUAUGCGCUCGACUGUACAUGUUACCGAUUUACAAAAGAGAAAUAUAAAUAUUUACGAAUCGUUUUUAUGAAUAUUGGAACUUAUUUUUAGAAUUUAAGUACUCACUUGUUUUGACAAUAUGGUCGAUUAUCUAGUAGCUAAGUUUUUUUUAAAAUCCGUUGCCACUGUAUAAAAUAUCUUAGCACGGUGUUAGGUAUUUUUUUUGAUAAGCUCUGCGCAGAGCAUUCCUAUUCGAAUUAUGUAUUACAUCGAAUAUUGUAAAUAGAUAAUUAUUGUUAAUUAUAAUUAAUACUGUAGUCACAACGAAAUCAAAGACUGCAAGUAUUAAUAUUGUGAAAUUAAGUGGAAUUUGACAUGUUUACUAUUAUGUUUUUUUUAUUGUAAUAAUUUUUUUACGUAUUUAAUCGUUUAAAUGUAUAGGAGUAUUGUUGAUUCCUUAUUUUUUGACAAUUACUUUGUUGUAGAUUAUAAGAGUGGAGUUUACUUGGAAAUAUAACAUGAUAAAUCUAUUUUUAUUGUGCAAUUAAAUUAUGCGUAUCCAUGACCAUAAUACAAAAAAAAAAAAAACAACUCAUGUAACUUGUUAGAACAAGGAGUAAUUGUUAACGGUCAUUCAAGUUACUUUGUAAAGUUCGUAUACGUUAAAGUUUUUGCGAAACAGUUUAUUUAUCCUAGUAACGUAACAGAAAACCCAAUAACAGGCUAUAGAAAGUCUAUGUCUUACAGUAAGAUUGUGAUUAUAGGAGUAUUGUAUAGCUAUGUGAUAUUUUCUAGUAAACUCCGACUAAAGGAAAGGCCUCGGCCUACGUAACGCAGUGCCUUUCGACAAAACGUCCUUUGUGAUACAAUAUUUUCAUAGAUUGUACAGAAUAUUUCUUUCAAUAUACAAAUGAGAAUAAA